UAAUAAGGCCAGAACUCAAAAAACUCAGAAGGUUGAACCACUGGUGAAAGAGGAAGGUGAGAUGUCAGAUACUGAAGAAGUGUACGAGCAGUUCAAGGAAGUGAAAUGGAUGGAAUGGUGUGAAGAUGUCAUGGCUGGCAAGGAAAAGACCCUUAGACGUCUUCAUAAGUUGCAAACUACCAGCGCUGAACUCCCAAAGGAAAAGGUGCUCUCCAAAAUCCGAAAUUAUUUGCAGCUUCUUGGACGGAAAAUUGAUCUCAUUGUUGUGGAGUAUGAGCAGGAACCAUAUAAACAAGAAAGGAUGACAACACGACUGUGGAAAUAUGUUUCAACGUUUUCCAAUUUGUCUGGAGAGAGACUUCAUCAGAUCUAUUCCAAACUCAAGCAGGAGCAGGGACUAACAGCAGGGGUGGGACCUUCCCACAUCAAUGGUUCUGCACCUGGGCAUCAAACAUCGAUAUUUCACAAAGGUUAUGAUACAGGAAAAUUUGAAGCAUGGAAACGAAGGAGAAGAGCUGAAGAAACUCAUUCCCAAGUCCAGAUUCCACAUCACAGGUCUUUGAGUAAUGAUACCCGUAUACCUGAGCCAAACUCUUUGGGUAUUCUUGGGGCAGGACCAUCUAAUGACAGACACUUUGAUAAUGGGAGGCCUUACCGAACGCAUCAGACUGGUUUACCCCCAAGACAAGGUUUUUCAUCGGGUGUUAAGUAAUUAUUCAAUGCCUGAUUGAGAACCAGCUUAUUGGAGAGGGAAGCCAGUUGGUUUUUUCCCAGUUGCUUUUGCU